AUGGACCAGGAACCGAUGCAAGAGCCCGCUACCACGACGGAGUCUCUAGUGGAAGAAAUUGAUGACAAAGAACACAUGAAGACUUUAAUACCGCUGAGAGCAGGCACAUAUCUGCAAACACUUCCAACUGCCUUCCUUUCAUUUUCCCAUAAACAAAAACAGAAAAAUGUUCUUCCUGCAAUUCCGCCAGAGUCAACGGUUGUAAACAACAAAACUUUCUGGGAAAGGCCCUUCGGUUUGGGCCCUCUAGUUGUCCCUGCUUUACAGCGUUUCAACAACAUUGACUGCUUCACGUUUUUGUAUGUUUUGUCGGUCUUUAGUCAUGGUAUGGUAGUUGCUUUGACUGAUCUGAGUUUGCCGAAGUAUCAAACCGAAUUUUCAUUGUCAUUAGAGAAAUUAGAGAAAUUCAUGCUGGAGUUCAGUGAUUAUUUUGCAUCUUUCCUGGUAGCUAUACCUGUGUCAUACUUUGGAAGUAGAGGAAACAGGGCAAAAUGGGUGGCAGCCUCAUGUAUCUUACUAGGUUCAUCUUUCACUGUGAGUUACCUGAACCUUUAUGACUUGUGCACAGACGAACAUAUAGUGGAAACCUGUGAGGGAAGGAUAAUACCUCACAGAUCAAUAUGUAUCCAUCUCUUCUUCGUUGGGCAGUGUCUCCAUGGAAUCAGUGGGAUGCCACUUUAUAUCCUUGGUGUAACUUUCAUUUUUGACCAUGUUCCCUCAUGUUCAGUUGGCUUCUAUUUAGCUAUUGUGGAUCUUCCAAGAUUUGUGGGCUACACUUUGGGUUACACAAUAGGAUUCCAUGGUCUUCUGUCUCCUGAGACUUGGCAGCAGCCUUGGUGGAUUGCUUAUCUUGUUGUUAUACUUUCAUGGGGUGUAUUUUUACCGUUGUUCUGUUUUCCAUCUCGUUUACCUGGUUCACAAGUGCUAAGACUUGAGAAAGAAAAUGAACCUCCUACCUUUGACAAGAGGCUUAAAGAUAAGGAAAUUGGAACUAAUUUGAAGGAUAUACAUAAUACUAUUCAGUUGCUGUUGAAGAACACACUGCUGAUGACCCAGAUAUUCUGCAAAGCCGUGGAGUUUAUAACCUCUGAGGAAUCUUCAUUAUUUGUUCCCGUAUAUUUAGAAAGCCAGUUUAUGUUAACACCCUCACUUGCCACUGUGCUUACAGGACUUAUUAUUCUCCCAGGAACUGCAGUUGCUCAUUUCAUGGGAGGUCUAAUUGUUGACAGAUUGGACAUGAAUUAUAAGACCAAAGUAAACUUUACAGCCGUGACAACUGUUCUAGCAACUGUGUUUUUUACAUUAAUCUUUUUUGUAGAGUGUGAAACAGUGAAAGCUGCUGGAAUCAAUGAGGAUUAUGAUGGGUAA